AUGCAGGAGGCUGAGCUGCCAGAUGAGUUGGGAAGAAAAAUUCUUCUUCAGUAUACAGAUGGACUCAGUAGCGCUAAACGCAGGCUCUCAAUCUUACACUGUUUGUGUUCACUGAAGAGGAACGAGAGGCUUCCCAAUGGCUCCAUCGAUGCCCAUGACGACACCAGCAGGUGUCUGGAGCUGCAGGAACUCCUGGAUAAGGCCAAUAAGGAGCUGACCCAGAACAGAGAUAGGAUCAGCGGCCUGACCAAUCGAAUGUCUGAGCUUGAGACGGAACUGGCUACCGCCCGCAAAGACCUACUGAAGAGCGAGGAGCUGAGCGCCAAGCACCAGAGGGACAUACGCGAGGCGAUGGCACAGAAGGAGGACAUGGAGGAGAGAAUCACAACAUUAGAAAAGCGUUACCUUGCUGCCCAGAGAGAAACCACCUCAAUCCAUGACCUGAACGACAAGCUAGAGAACGAGCUGGCCACCAAGGACUCACUUUACCGACAGAGCGAGGAGAAGGUGAGACACCUCCAAGAAUUGCUGGAGUUGGCAGAACAACGGCUACAGCAGACCAUGAGGAAAGCAGAGACUCUGCCCGAGGUGGAGGCUGAACUGGCCCAGAGAGUNAAAAAAAAACGAGAGAGCCAGUUCAUACGAUUAUUUUCUGUCAGGAAAAUGCCCUCUGAGAUGGUGAUGAAACAAAACGAUAACUUAAAGAAGGGCGGAAACUGA